AAGUGCUGGGAUUACAGAUGUGAGCCACCGCGCCUGGCCUAAAGGUGUACCUUUUUUAACAGAAUCAUUCAAAAGGAGGUUGCAGGGAUCUUGACACUUCCACACUGCAGCAUUAAUCUCCUAAGAAUAAGGAUACACUCCCACAUACCAUGACACUCUGUUCACACCUAAAAAAAUUAACAUUUAUUCCAGAAUAUCAUCUAAUCUCCAGUCCAUGCUCACAUGUCCCCAAUUGUCCCCAAAAUGCCUUUUGUAAAUUUUAAAAUUUUUUUUUGGUUAAAUGCCGCAUCCAAUCGAGGUUCACAUAUUGCAUUUGGUUAUGUCUCUUAGUCUUUUUGCAUGAGGGAGGCCUCUCUUUAGUAUGCAAAAUCCUUAUCAUCUCUUCUUUGCCACUUGGGGACUUGGGCUGAAAAUCAGGAGUGGCUGGAACAUGCCCAUUUACUGUCUGGUUUUGCAGGUUGUUGGAGGAUAUACAGAAGAACAUCCUUCUGGAGAGGGGCCGUGAGCCUGGUUGGUCUAGACUGAGUGCCCUGGCAGAGCUCUUCCUCAUGUGUGCAUGGGAAAGAAGCCCAGAUCAGUCCAAAGGCCUAACCCCCACUCCCAGACCCUACCCUACUCUUCAGAGAAAUAGGCUCCCUACCCUGAACCCUGAAGAAAACUGUACCUUCAUCCCCAGGGACCCAGCACCCCUUCUGGCCUAUCCCCAAAGAGUCACCGUGGGCGUUGGGUAGUAGGUGGAGCUGAGGGAUCAUGGCCCAAGAUCAAGGGUUGGUCCUUCCAACUUUGUUCAGUGAUCCAGCUUUGAUAUUAGGCGACCAGGACAACCAGGCCAAUCCGAUAGGGGAUGGUGUUUAUAAAAAGGCCACUCACCUAGAGCCAAAAGCUCCAGACCAGCCACUACAACUCUGCUAAUCUCAAGCACUUGCCUCUACAGUUGGUACAGAUGGCAUUGUCCCAGUCUGUUCCCUUCUCGGCCACAGAGCUUCUCCUGGCCUCUGCCAUCUUCUGCCUGGUAUUCUGGGUGCUCAGGGGUUCGAGGCCUCGGGUCCCCAAAGGCCUGAAAAGUCCACCAGAGCCAUGGGGCUGGCCCCUGCUCGGGCAUGUGCUGACCCUGGGGAAGAACCCGCACCUGGCACUGGCAAGGAUGAGCCAGCUCUACGGAGACGUGCUGCAGAUCCGCAUUGGCUCCACACCCGUGCUGGUGCUGAGCGGCCUGGAUACCAUCCGGCAGGCCCUGGUGCGGCAGGGCGACGAUUUCAAGGGCCGGCCUGACCUCUACAGCUUCACCCUCAUCACUGAUGGCCAGAGCAUGUCCUUCAGCCCAGACUCUGGACCGGUGUGGGCUGCCCGCCGGCGCCUGGCCCAGAACGCCCUCAACACCUUCUCCAUCGCCUCUGACCCAGCCUCCUCAUCCUCCUGCUACCUGGAGGAGCAUGUGAGCAAGGAGGCUGAGGCCCUGAUCAGCAGGUUGCAGGAGCUGAUGGCAGGGCCUGGGCACUUCGACCCUUACAAUCAAGUGGUGGUGUCAGUGGCCAACGUCAUCGGUGCCAUGUGCUUCGGACAGCACUUCCCCGAGAGCAGUGAUGAGAUGCUCAGCCUUGUGAAGAACAGUCAUGAGUUCGUGGAGAGCGCCUCCUCCGGGAACCCCGUGGACUUCUUCCCUAUCCUUCGCUACCUGCCCAACCCUGCCCUGCAGAGGUUCAAGGCCUUCAACCAGAGGUUCCGGCGGUUCCUGCAGAAAACAGUCCAGGAACACUAUCAGGACUUUGACAAGAACAGUGUCCAGGACAUCACGGGUGCCCUGUUCAAGCACAGCAAGGAGGGGCCUAGAGCCAGUGGCAACCUCAUCCCCCAGGAGAAGAUUGUCAACCUUGUCAAUGACAUCUUUGGAGCAGGAUUUGACACAAUUGCAACAGCCAUCUCCUGGAGCCUCAUGUACCUUGUGACCAAGCCCGAGAUACAGAGGAAGAUCCAGAAGGAGCUGGAUGCUGUGAUUGGCAGGGGGCGGCGACCCCGGCUCUCUGACAGACCCCAGCUGCCCUACUUGGAGGCCUUCAUCCUGGAGACCUUCCGACACUCCUCCUUCGUCCCCUUCACCAUCCCCCAUAGCACAACAAGGGACACAACACUGAACGGCUUCUACAUCCCCAGAGAAUGCUGUGUCUUCAUAAACCAGUGGCAGGUCAACCACGACCCGCAGCUGUGGGGGGACCCAUCUGAGUUCCGGCCCGAGCGGUUCCUCACCGCCGAAGGCACCACCAUUAACAAGCCUUUGAGUGAGAAGAUAAUGCUGUUUGGCCUGGGCAAGCGCCGGUGCAUCGGGGAGGUCCUGGGCAAGUGGGAGGUCUUCCUCUUCCUGGCCAUCCUGCUACAGCAACUGGAGUUCAGCGUGCCGCCGGGCGUGAAAGUCGACCUGACUCCCAUCUACGGGCUGACCAUGAAGCACGCCCGCUGUGAACACUUCCAGGCGCGGCUGCGCUUCUCCAUCAAGUGAAGAAGACGCCACCAUGCUGAGGCCAGGGAGCGAGUGGGGGCCAACCACGGAGACUCAGCCCUUGUUUCUCCUCCUUUCUUUUUUAAAAAAUAGCAGCUUUA